CGCCGGUUAUUUCUCAAUGGCAGGAGGAAGGGGCUUUAUUUCAGGCGCAUGGAAAGGUACCUUACUUGUCACCAAGAUAUUGCCAAUAAAUAACACGCUCAAGCAGACCAACAAUCACCAUCUCUCUUCUUUUGCUCUUUUCGUUCUUAACGUCCAUGAUUGGCAAGCCACCCCCGCACAGUCAGUCGACGACAUCACCUGCUGUAAACCCCCUCUCCUGCUAACAUCGCCGCCAUUUCGGCCUUCUCAUGCCUCCAACUCACCGAGUUCUCAGGCCUGUCUCGACCGACAUUCAUGUACCGAUUGAUCUCCCCAUAAAUAUUGUACGUGACACAAUGAUCGCAAUGAUGGUUCCUCAGCAAGUCUGCAUGAGAUGCGCAGUGUGCACAGCAGUUUACCCCCAAUACUUUCCGCAGCUUUCCAGAUGCACCACUUUGAAGCGGCACCAAUCUAUUCACCUCCCAGUGCCAACAGUGACAGCACAACAUAUGAGUAUCGAUAUGACGACCUGGUAGAUGGUUGAUACCCGAAAUGGUCUCGAUUGGCUGACGGUGGUGGUUGUAAAGGAUGGUUGUGGUAGUGGUAAAGUAUCCACUGGAUCAUACAUGACAAGAUGUACCGACUGGUCUUUGGAAGGGAUCGGUGUAGCGGGCCUCCUGCCAUUGAUACAACACCAGGUUGUUGGCCUGCAAUGGGCAGAUAUGACUCCACCACAUGGGGAUGACAUCGACUUUGAGAUGGGGUGCGCCCCUGACACUUCCCUGGGGUUCCUCAUGUUGAGGAUGAUUUGA